CCCUUCCUUCAAUGUGGUCCUUCCUUGGCCUGUAGCGUAAGUUCUUUGGAGUUAAAAGCCAUUUUAAGAGUCUUUUCUCUUUCAAGUUUUCUAAAGCUCCUCAGUCCCAUUCUUGGAUUGGAAGAUCAUGUAAAAUCUCCCUGCAAAUUUGGCUUCCAAUCUUUUUCACUUUUUUUUUUUUUUUUUUUUGAGUCUAAAAAAUUCAUCCUUUUUCUGUGUUUGUUUUCUCCUUUCACUCUCAACAAAUACAGUUUCCAAAACUAGUUUCACUUCCAAAUUUAUUGUACUUUUCAUCUCUGCUGUAGAUUUUGAUGUACUAGCAGAGAUUCUUUUAGGUAUUCAAAUUAGCAUACUUUUUUAAUGCUAAUUUAACAUUAAAUUACUUUGUAAAAAUAGCAGGAUUUAUAAUCUGCUCUGUUUUUUAGAUUUUCUCGGAGUCCCUGUUUGUUAAUGCCAGUUUUAAGUGCUAUUAUGGGUCUCUUUUUCUUUCUCAAAUUCUCAAUUUAAAAAGUUCCAUAUUAAUCAACCAAAUCUGUUAGUUCAAGUCCUAAACUUUCUUCUUCAUAUCUCGACUUUUUUUCUCGGUGUCUAUUUCUUUCUCCAAACGGUAAAAAACUCACAAAACCAUGGUGGAUUUUUUGAAACAAACAGAUUGCAGACGGCAAUCUGGGCAGUAAAGAUGUUGCUGGUGAUGGUUGGGAUGGUUUCAACUGUGACAUUGUUGAAGGUCGCUGUAAUUCCAUGCGUCGUGAAUCCCACUCUUUCCACUGUUCCUCACCUCUGGAUCUCAUGUGGAAGCUGUUUAUUUCCUCUGUAUAUCUAUAUAUUCCUCAACUUCAUCAUCAUCACCAUGGCUGCUUCUUCUUUCCAACACCCAAGCCAGAAGAAUCUCUUUUCUUCUUCAUCUUCUUCGUCUUCCAAGGUUAAGAAACAGCUAAUCCAGUCAGAGCAAAGCAAGGUUCAAAACGAUCAAAUCAAUUGGAACAGCUUCCAUAUUUCACAAGAAGAAGAAGAAGAAGAUCAAGAAAAACACUCUGUUUCAGUUUCUACAGAGGAACCCACUUCGAUUACUCCAUCUGAUCCUAUUGAUAUUUCGACUUUCGCCGACGACCUAUUACCGGAAACGGACACUGCAGAAAACCUAAUGAUAGAUUCCGGCGAGAUUACGACCGAGAAGCCCGAGGAGGAGGAUGAAUUCGAUGACAAGCUCGAAGCAACUUGGAAUGCCGUUACUGAAAAAGAGAGCAAGCCAAAGGGUCGGCAGCUGAAGAAGAGCGACAGGUGGGAUGUGCCUCCCCGGGUGGUCGGAAUCAAACCGGAGGUGGAAAAUCCGGCGGCUCGGGCUAGCGGGGAGCUGAAGAAAUCGGAGACCUUCACCGACAGGGUGACGAUGAUAAGGGACAAGUCGAUGAGCCAAGAAGAGCUGUAUGAGAGAGCAGAGGCGUUCAUCAAAAAGUUAAAACAGGAUAUGAGGUUGCAGAGGCAAGAAGCCAAUCAGCGUUUCAUGGAAAUGGUCAAUCGAGAUCUUUGAAGAAAUGGUCAAUCGAGAGAAACGGAGAGAGCCAUAUGGUCUAUUUCAAACGAAAAAAGCUUAAUUGCGCUUGAUCAAAAAGUGAGGAAAAAGGGUAUGCAUUAGAAGGAAACCGUUGGACAACAUAAGACCAGCAUCACCAGGACUAUGAUCACCA